AUGAAAAUAAGCGAGUGGAAUGCGGUUCUAUUGGGAAUCGCCUUUCUUGCCAUGAAUCGUUCCUCUCAUUGCGUAUGCUACCCUCAACUGGUUGUCAUGAACUCAUCAGUCAGCAAAUUGCUCCGCAAUUCUGAUGUGGGAUUGAGAGUCUUACAAAAGAAGUUGCGCCGGAGAACUGAACGCCGGUACGUGGCACCACAAUACUGA